GGAGGGGAGGGUUCAGCUCGGCGGGUUCUGCCCGGGGCUUUGUUCGGGUGACGGGCGAGGUGGUGCUGGUGGGCUCACAAACACAACAUGUGCUCCGUGGUUAGGAGCCUCUCAGUAAAGCAGUUUAGGAAACACGUUCUAUUUCUUAAGUGAAUCACCUCAGUUCUGAGCUGAAUGUUCCUUGGCUUCGCGGGGAGGAUUAAAAGUUGUUCUGAAUACGGUGACAGGUCUGGAGAAUUAGGGGUUGCGGUGUUCUGCUGGAAGAGGAGCUGCUGAGGCUGAUGGGAGGCAUGAGCAGCUGCCUCAUCCCGGGCUGAGCGAGGCGAGAGGCCCCGGGUGCACGAGGCAGGUUCUGGAAUGCAGGGAUGGAGAUGUGCAUGGGAGCUGGAGCAUAUCAGGGAGCACAUGGCUGCUGCUGCUGGUGUGGAUGGGAGCUGGAGCUCAGCAGCACUUGGAGAUUUUUAGGGAGACCUGAAACACAAACUCCCUAAAACUCCCUAACUGAUCUUUCUCUGAUGGUGUUGGGAGUUUCUGUGAUCUUCAUUCUGGAAGCCUCAAUAAUAUUUAAUUUAGAGUUCCUGGGGACCAUAUGGAAUUUCUGAAGGUUAGGCACAGGAUGGGUGGAAGUCCUGAGGUUUUCAGGGGGAUUGGCUGAGUUGCUGUAGUUGCCAGUGUUUGUUUUAGAUCUACUUGAGAUGUAAAUGUGGCAGUGUGUGAGGGGGAAUUGGGUUUCCUUCAACAUCCUUUAGUUCCCAAUCUCUGCAGUGAUGGCUGUGUAAGGCUCAUGCUGUUUCAUACAUUUAUGUUAGGGGCAGGCCUUUUUUCUCCCUCUAAGCCAGGAUCUGUGUUAACAGUUGAUAAUGAGGUGCAUUGGAAUAUUAAUAAAUUCAUCCAGAGAAAUGGAAUUGAUAAUGGCUGCUGGGCUUUACUCAGAUGGGUAUGUGCUCUAAAUUCCAUAUGUUUGUAAUUUCUUGGGGAAAUGGGAGUCUGUGUGUUUCAGGUGGGUGAAAUGCUGCCCAUGCUGUCUCCUGGUUAGAAAUCCAGGAUUGUGGGAGGCACUGAGUGUUGUUGGCCCUCUGGAGCACGUGAGGCUUCCUGUGACCCCACACUGCCGCUGUUGACACCCCUGUGACACAGGUACCACCUUCAGCCAGCACAGCUGUGCCUUGGCUUUUCCAAGGGCUGGAGGAGGCUCCCCGGUGGAAAACCCUGCAGCUCCUGGUGGGAGGGAUGUUCCUGGGAGGUUGGGAGUUACCAGAGCACUGAACUGUCACCUGAAACCUGCCAGCAGCUCUGAAGGAGUUCUGUGUGUUGGUUUGACACCGACCUCUCCUGAUCCAGCCUCUGAGUCUGCAUCAGCUCCCCUCAGAGAAGGUGUCUGAGCCCCUCAGGGUCCCUACCUGCCUGUGCCCCAGGCAGCACAAGGCUUCUCUCAGCUGCCUCCCGGAGCUUUGCUGACCUUGGGGUUUUUCCAUCUGCUUACGUUUCCAUUUCUGGAAAAGGGUUAGUUUCUCCCCUCACAAGUUUGGUUAAAUUCUCUUCUGGAUUUUUUGCUUUGUUUCUGUUUCAGAGAGUUUUUCUACUCCAGGAAAUCUGUCAUAAGCUCUGGGUUAGGAUUUUCGUUGCAGAAUAAUUUGAAUUAAUAUUAAAAUUGAAUGUCUUAAAACUUUUGAGUGCAUGCAUUUUUGUCAACUUAAUUCAAUCUGGUUAAGUGUAAUUUAGAUGUAAUUACAAUAAGAAAAAUAGCCUUUGCCAUGUUCCAGAAUGAGAAUUUUGGAACAGCCAAUUUUUAGGAGUUAUUGGAGGAGAAUCUUUGAUCCACGUUUGCUGGAAGUAGUGUGAGCGAGAGGGGAAGCUGUGCUGAGGAGGAGAGCUUUGUCAGCUCGUGGAUCCCAGCGAGUGUUCCCAACCUUUGUCACUCUGUAAAGCUUUAACCUCAUCAUGAAAGUUCCCGAUAGCAGCUGGGAGGAUCAUGCUGCAGCCAAUCCCACGGGCUCGCUGUUUGUAGCCUCAGUUAAAUAAGCAAGAAUUGAUAUUUUGGCCUUCUCUUCAGAAGAGCCGCUGGCCAGGAUGGAGCGAUUUCGCUCGUGGAGUGCAGCAUGAAUUUCCCAAAAGCUGAUGUAAAUUUAGGGACUUUUCAUCCUCUGCAGUCCGUGGGGUUUUGCUGUUGAGAUGAGUGAGAGCAGGGCUGCAUCCUGCUGGGCUGUUUCUAGCACGAGGGGAAGUGGCCCACGCUCUGUUCCAGGUGUGUCCCAGCCACUGUGUUCACCACUUCAUCAGAGCUGCUUUUAGUCCCAAUCACCUCCAGAAAUGCAGUAACCACAACAAAGUGUUUCAGUUUCACUUUAUCACAUUUAUUCCUGCAAAUUACUUUAGGCCUGAGCUCAAUGCUACCCUUAGAGAUGUAGGUAGUGAGGCAUAGUUUAUUUUUAGAAAAGAAUGAAUCAUCUCCUGGAUGUGUCUUGUUUCUUUUUGCUUUGUUGAGAAGUAAGUUCAAGGAACUGCUGGCUCUGGGUUUGUGAGCAGGAGCCCAUGCGGGCAGGUGAUGCUGCCCCAGGAGUGACCAGAAGCUGAGCAGAACUUAGUUUGGAACUGCUGAACUGCAGUGACAGCCUGUGGUUGCAGCAGGUUACUGGGUUUUGCUUUGCAGGUUGUUGUUGGGGAACAGCUACUCUUGAAAUCUGCAAAGGGAAAUACACGUGUGUCCUUUCACCCUGAACUAUUUCCAGUUUUCAGCUCUGCUCCUGGGCAAAGAUUAACGGGAGGGGAAGACUCUGUUGCUAUGUGGAUUAAAUCAGUUGUGCGUGGGGGGUUUGAAUCUCAGAGCUUUGCAAAAACCAUGGUCUUUGUUUUGCUUCUCACACGGUUGUCUUGAACUUCUCCAGUUUUUGGAGGCUUCUUGUUACUGAGCUGGGGCUUGUCCUUGUAGCAAACAGCUCUGGCACGAGGUGUGACCUUGGCAGAGGAAUUAUCUCUAAAGCUAUUGCAACUGCUUCCUUAUCCUUGUGCUGUGUGUUUGAGGCCUGGUAGUGAGCCACUCCUUAACUUCAGAAUCCAGGAGCCUGGCCUCCAACAUACCCAGCUUGCUUAUCUGUGUGGUUGUGGAUAUGAGCUGGAUUAAUGGCUUUCACCUUUUAAAGUCCAGCAAAUUGCAGCAGUGAAGUGGAGCAUCGUUCAGUGGCUGGAGGAACUGUCACAGCUGCUUUUGGGGGGUGUUGGGAUAUCCUGGGGGGAGAAUUUUUGCAAAAGGGUAGUUUUAUUCACUACCCUAUAACUAUAGUUAUUAUUUCAUUAUGUGAAAGGAGCAAAAGCCAUGUUUUUCCUCCCUGCUGCUGCUGGAUUGUUGGAUUCCUCACCCAAAAUGCCUUUGAGCAGCUCUGGGAGAGGGACCUUGAAGGAUUCUUGUGCUGUGGGAAUGAGCGUUUCUCUGUGCCAGGUGCCAGGCUGGAGUCUUGCACUUCUUAUCUGUUUCAUUUGUAACCCUUUGACUCUGGUUAUGGUCCUUGUUGCCCAGACCCAAAGUGAGCAGAUCCUGUUCUCUCCCCAGCAGGCUGGGAUGGUAUGUAAGUUUGUCUUGGCAAUUCCAAACCUUUAAUCUCCUUGGUUACCAGUUUAAGGAAAUCAUUAGUGUCUGUUGAUGUGUGUAAGAUUCCUGGGGGAAUGGGGUAGGACUUGGGUAAGUUCAGGAGGAAUCCUGACACAGCUAAGGUGGUGCUUGGUUAGUACAGAUGUCACUAAUUCCGUUGAGUUAUACAGUUUCUUCUCCUUGACAUAUGUUUUUUUACCUUCCUUUCUAGGAAGGGGUCUGGAGGAGGGAAAAUUUCCCUUUCUGGUGAAAGGGGACUGGAGCAUUAUGACAGUCAAGUCUUUAAAAGCUUAUGAGUUCCCAGAGUCCUUGCCGAGUAGCCGCUGCCUCCGCUGAUGUUGUCGGAUGUCAAUAAAGAGAGGUUGAAGGCAACACUUCUCAUGGAGCAGGUAACAUCAAAAGGUGCUGGCUUGAACCCCAACGCAAAAGUGUGGCAAGAAGUGCCCCAGGGCAGUGGUGAGGCCGUGCCCCCCACCAAUGGCACAGAGCACACGUGGCAGGAGACAGCAGCAGCCCAGGGGACUCCAGCUGAGGGUAACAUAGAGAUCUCAGAGGACAGCUGCAAGCAGUAUGAAGUGAUGUAUUCCCCAUCCUGCGAGGCCACAAGGAAUGGCACAGGAGUUGAUGAGGCAUCAGCAAAUGGAAUUGUCCUGGCAACUGAAGAUCUGGGAUACCAAAUCUAUGAAGUGUCUGGUGAUGGCAGCUCCACUGUGUCCCCAGAAGACAUUAGAGAAUGUUUGAGAAAACAGCUUGAAUUCUGCUUCUCUCGAGAGAAUCUUUCAAAGGAUCUCUACUUGAUGUCUCAGAUGGACAGUGAUCAGUUUGUUCCAAUAUGGACAAUUGCCAACAUGGAAGGGAUUAAGAAGCUGACAACAGACAUGGACCUUAUUCUUGAAGUUUUGAGAUCUUCUCCGAUGGUACAAGUGGAUGAAAGGGGGGAGAAAGUCAGACCAAACCACAAACGAUGUAUUAUCAUUCUCCGUGAGAUCCCUGAAACGACACCUAUAGAGGAGGUGAAGGCUCUGUUCAAGAAUGAGAACUGCCCCAAGGUGAUAAGCUGUGAGUUUGCUCACAACAACAACUGGUACGUUACAUUCCAGUCCGACACAGACGCGCAACAGGCAUUCAAAUACUUAAGAGAAGAAGUGAAAACCUUUCAGGGCAAGCCAGUAAUGGCCAGGAUAAAAGCCAUCAACACGUUUUUUGCUAAGAAUGGUUACCGGGUCGUGGAUUCCAGUGUGUAUCCCCAGCCCGUGCAGACCCAAGCCCAGUUUGCCUCCCCCCUGUUUAUGCAGCCUGUAUAUAGCCCUCAGCAGUACUCGAUUUACAGCAUCGUGCCUCAGACGUGGUCUCCAAAUCCUGCACCUUACUUUGAGACACCACUGGCCCCGUUUCCCAACGGUGGAUUUGUGAAUGGCUUUAAUACACCAGGAUCAUAUAAAACAAAUGCUGCUUCUCUGAGUAUAGGUCGCCCAUUCCACAGGAAUCGGGUGAAGCCCCAUUUCCGCUCGUCCAGCAGCUCAGAGCACCCCGAGGGGCCACCCGGGGCCGGGGCCCUGCCCAUGGGGGACCUGAGCAGAACCAGCUCGAGGAAUUUUGUCAUGGAGCGACACAGCAGCUCGUUGGCCGGGCACCAAGACCAAGGGUAUUCCCAGAAGGAUUCUCCCACGGCACAGCUGGAGCAGAACGGCGAUUACGGCGUCGGCAGGGGCAGGAGGAACGUGUUCAGGGGUCGGAGGAGACGGGAGGACGACCGGGUUUCGAGACCUCAGCCUUCAGCAGAAACAAAGACUCAGACACCAAAGUUUGACUUGCUUGCAUCCAAUUUCCCACCUUUGCCUGGCAGCGCAGCAAAAAUUCUGGGAGAGCCUGUGCUGGAGAGCAGGAUGUCUGACAUCGUUAAAGGAGUCUGCAAAGAGAAGGAAAGCAAAGACUCCGUGUGCCCCUGCCCUGCUCCUGCUCCAGAUGAACAAACGCCCAGCGCUGCCCAACCGCCCGUGCCCAGCGUGAGCUCCCCGAGCCAGACUGAGCCUGUGGUGCCGAGCACGGUUCAGCCAGAGAGCAAACCAGAAGAAGUGUCUGCUCCAAAGGACGUGGCCAGCCCGGCUUCUCCACCGGCACCCGUCUGUCCCAUCAGUGCUGCGAAGCCACCGAGGACAAACACCUCCUCACCUUCUGCCCAAGCAAGUGCAGCUCCUGCUCUGUCGACACAGGAGCCUCGCAAGCUCAGCUACGCCGAAGUUUGCCAGAAACCCCCAAAGGAGCCACCUCCAGUCCCUGUCCAGCCUCUGAGGGAGCACCGCACCAACAUCGUUCCCCCUGCCAAAAAUGAAGAAAAUGGUACGUUGGAGAAGGCUCCGGAGAAGGCUCCUCACGAGAGGGCUCCUCACGAGAGGGCCGAAGGGCGAGUGAAGGAUUACUCCGGGUUCCGCGGCAGCGGGGCUCCCAGGGGAGCUGCUGGCAAAAUCAGGGAACAGAGGCGCCAGUUUGGACGCAGAUCUUCACCUCAGGGAGCGCCGCGCCGCGCGGGCAAGGAGCAGUACGUGCCACCCCGGUCACCAAAGUAACGCUGGGCCAGCCAAUGAUUCUCUGUUUCACUUGAGCUGUGGACUAAAGAGCAGCAGAGAGACUGAGGAGGGAAGGAUUCGGGAAGGGGAAUACUGAACUGGAGCGUGGCUUGUGUGGAGAAGUUGUGGAGGGUCCCAAAAUUCAUCUCUAAAAGUGAUUUCACAAAUGCUGGAGGAUUCCAAUCACUAUAAAUAUAGAGAUUAUAAUUUUUGUAUUUUUGUUUUUAAUUUGCAGAGGGUUUCCUGCUUGAAAUCAGCUUUGGGAUUGUGAAAGUAGCAUUUUGACAAAGUGAAAGAGUAUGAGUUGACAAAUUAACCUGUCCCUCGGUGUAGGAGGAAAAGGACAAGAGAAUAUUAUUUUUGGAAAAUGAGCAUUUCUGUAAAAUUAGAACUUUUUGUAACCUAUUUAACUUGUGGGCUGGUGUGUCUGCCAUGGAUGGCCUGGCAUUGCAGGGGCCUCUGCAGCAGCAUGAGCAGAGCAAGUGCAGCCAGAACUGUUGUCAUCACUUAGUCACUGAUGAUGAAAACUGAAUGUACUACUGUAGUGUAACCCAUGUGUUUCCAGCUUGAAGUAGAGUCUCUUGACCUUACUAAUAUUUCAUUCAGCAAGCUUUUUAAGGUAUAAGUUUUGCAGGAUACUGGAUUGUAGAUGAGAGUGCGUGGACAGCAGAAAUUGUCUGGUAGAUGCAGUGGAAGGAGGCAAAGGGAGCAUGUGAGAAUCUUUAUAAUGCCCUUUUUCCUUGCCUCCUUUUGAGGGCAACUCCUUAGGUUUGGGGUUUUGUUUGUUUGCUUUUUCCCUCUCUUGUUACUUUCUCUAAUUUCUUUAUUACAGACUUUAGUGCAUUUUUCUUGGUGUGUUUUCCUGAGGCAGCCCCAGGGUGGGACGGGCAGGUGGCUACACAGCACCUGGUGUUACCUGCACAGGUAAGGAGCCUGGAAUUCCAGCUGCAGAUGCUGAAUUCUGCCUUGCAGGUGGGAGCUCUGGGCACUCGCUGGCAUCUCUGGAUGACUGGGCAGCAAACCAGAGCUGUGGCUGGGUUUUCUCUGUGCUGACUCUGGAAUAGGCUGUUGGCUGCUGUAUUGCCAGAAAUCAGGGUUUAGACUCCUGGGAACUCGUUGUUUACAGCUGAUGUCAUAGCAACUGACUCGUUUUUAACUGUUUAAAGUGGAACUAAAGAUGCAGAGUUAAGGAAAUCCCCUCUGGAGCAGUGGCUCGUUGCCAGCUGUAUGCUGACUGAAUUUGCAACACUAUUGUGCAGUAAGUGGUUAAGUUUCAGGGUGAUUAAUGACUGAAAUAGGAACAUUGAGCGCAUUAAUCUGCCAAAAUCAGCAUACCAGGGUUCAAAGUUCUGUAUAAAGCGUUAGGGAAAAGUAGCUUCCAGCAGUAAGAAUCACAUCUUUAUUUUUUCUUCUUUUUUUUUUUAGUGAAUAGCAAGUGUACAAAUUUAAAGUUGUAAGUUGUGAACACUGGAAAACUCAAUUGUGAUAUAUUCCGUAACCAUCUUAGUAAUAUAUGCUCGUGUUGCCAUAGAAUGAAUGUAAGUGGCAGUUAAAAUAACUGUGAAAUUUUUCAUCUUCUGAUUUCUUAGCCAGAUAACCCUUGGCGACUUGGGGCUCAGUAGGAAUUCUCUAUCAACUGCUUGGAGAACACUCAUAUCUAUUUUUAUAAAUAUUAUAUAUAAAGCCAGAGUUGUCAUUUCUCUAACUUAUUAUUCAGCUUGGCAAGUGCUUUGAGUUGAUUCAUAACACAAUAUAAUGUAUUUAUGCAGUUAACUGUUCAUUUCUAGGCAUGUUACAAAGAGAGAGUCAGAGAAUCAUCGAAUGGGCUGAGUUGGAAGGGCCCCAUCAGGGUCAGGGAGUCCAACUCCUGGCCCUGCACAGACACCCCCAAAAUCCCACCCUGUGCCUGAGAGCGUUGUCUAAAUGCUUCCUGAGAUCAGACAGGCCUGGAGCUGUGACCCCUUCCCUGGGGAGCCUCUUCAGUGUCCCACCCCCUCUGGGGAAGGGCCUUUUUCUGAUCUCCCACCUCAGCCUUCCCCAACUCAGCUUCCUGCCAUUUCCUCGGGCCCUGCAGUAUGUAUACAUAUAUAUAUUUAUAUAUAUAGAUAUAUAUAUAUGUAUAUAUAAGCCCCCAAAUCACUAUUCACUUUGAAACUACCUGUACUGGGUUUGGGAGGUUUUUUUUUUUUAAAUUUAGUGAAAAAAAAAUCGUUGAUCCCAUCCACAGUUAGGGAUUCUUACAGACCCUUCUCCGUUUAUUUUGAUAAUGCUACUCUCAUUGGAAUGAUGGGGAAGUUUAAAUAUUCAGUGUCAAAGUCCUGAAAUGCAAUGAAUGCAAAGUUGAAUUAGUUUUAAAGGCUCUAAACAAUUCCUGCAGCCAAACUGGAACAAAAGAAGCCUGGAGGGUGGUUCAUGGGCGCUUAGGGGAGUGUUCUGGGCCGUUGAGGAGCGUUGGGAUGCUGACAGCUUGGGCUGUUUGGAGGAGGAAUUGAGAGGGAAGGGCUGGUGCAGAUGUGGCUCAGAAUUCCCUGAUCCAGUGGCAGCUUGUGCUGAGAGGAUCUGAGUGGUGAAAUGGAUCUUCUGAUCAGAUGUGGGAAAACCCAACCAGCCGUGGCUCCAUCUUCCUGGUGGGGUGGUGGGAAAGGGGUGCUCUUUGAGUCCUGGGGGGUUCCAGCAGCAGCAGGUGCAGCUCUUGUGCAGGGGAGGAAGGUCAGGCUGUAACUGUUGGCUUUUCCCAGCAUAUCCAAACUUCUCUCAGCUCGGGGCACUUGGAAUGAUUCAUUUCACACCUGCGUGCGAGGAUUUCACGUGAGCGUUUCCCUUCCACCAUUUCCAGCUGUGGUUUGGGGUUUGGUUUUUUUUUUUUUUUUAAUUCUUUUCUGUGCAGGGGGAAAUUCCCAGUUGGAUACAGAGGCUGUGAAACUGCAGUGGGGUGGGAGUUCUCCUCAGCACUGGGAGCUGGCAGGGACUGGCUUUGCCUCUUCCUCUCGUGCUGGGCUGGGGAGGGAUCCUGUGUCUGUCCCCAGUAAUUUGCCCGUUGGGGAAACUGGGAAGACUGGGACAGAGGGGAGGUUUGGAGACAGAGCCACAGCUCCUGGAUUCACAGGAGCUGGUCCCUGUCACCGAGCCCCAGGUGCUCUCCAAGAGGCCAGAGCUCUCCGUGGUUCCCUCUGGCUGUAGCCCCACGGGAUAGAAAUUGUCCUGCUCUGCUGAUAUCAAAUACCAGGAGGUGCAAAUCACACCUAACUUUCAGUUUUAGGAACUGCGACUUGUUUUCAGAGUUGUUGACUUCUGUUAGGGACAGAAAUGCACUUCCCAGUUCAGUUCUUUUCCAAAUUACUGCCUGUGGAAAAGAUUGGGGCACUCUCUCGUGCUUCUGCUGGGGAGUGAAAAGAAGAAAUUCUUUGCAUGUGAUAGUAAAAUUAAAAGUGCAAAAAGUUUUAUUUCUUUUGAUUUCUAACAUUAAGUUAGUUUUAUAGUAUCUUACAUUCCUGCUCUUGUUGUUUUGUUGGUUUUUUUGUUUUUCUUUAAUUAGCCUGGCACAGUAUGAUGGUGCAGUUUUAGCUGUAGGAAAAAAAAAAAAAGUAACCCACUAUUAACCAGAAGAGAAAGAUGAUACUGUGGCAGAUCAGUAGCAAAUAAGUGACUUAAUCAAUGCUUUACUGUAGUUAAAUAGCUAUGGCCUUACUACUUUGUCAAUAUCAGCUUAAUUGUCUUGAAACUGUCUGCGAUUUUUACUGUUCCCAGGUGAGUUUACCUGGGCUGAGAUAUCUGGUAUGUACAGAUGAUAUUUUAAAUUUGUAAAAUGCACCAUUGUAUUACAGAUGAUGCAACAGAAAUGCACUUCGGGGGGAAAUGGCUUCUGAUGAGUUUUUUUUGUAAAUCCUUGAUUACUACAGAUAUGCAAUAGAGUUUUUGUUUCUAAUUUUGAUAUUUCCUUCUGAAACGUAAGAUUGUUGCCAUUAAUCUGAAUGAUUUAUCAUGCUCUUCUUUGCGUGUAUAUAUUCCAUAUAGUCUGAGCUUCCUUUAGGAUGGUACAUAAUUUUGGGUUGUUGUAGUAUUUUAGUUGGCUCUUCUCUUCAGUGCCUUUAGCUCAGGCACUUCAAGAGGUUCAUUGAGUCUGUUUUUAAUGUACAGUUGGGAGGACUUGAAAUGGAGUUAAAGCAACUUAUUUCUGAGAAAAAGAAAUCCAUCUGCAAACUAACCUGUAACAACUUUAAAAUUUUAUAUUUAAGAACCAGAUGUUUAUUUUUAUGGAACUUCAGUUAUGGAUACAGUUUCCAAAAAAAAAAAAUGCAACUUCAAAUGUAAACAGACUGUGCAUAAAUGGGUUUUGUUCUAAUUUUUAUAGAAUACAAAAUAUUCAGAUAAUAUAUUGAGCUCGAGUUACUACAGACAUCUUGUUCCUCCCGGAUGAAUCCAGCUUCCCCUUGGCAUUGACGAUCUCUCUUCAAAGUGGUAGGAAAGGAGAAAAAAGCGACUUAUCUGGCUUUUAGACUGUCUGUUCUGGUUUAUUCCUGUUGUCAAAAUGUCCAAAACAAAAUUUGUGUAAAGUAGGUUCAUGCUUUAAGUGUUCAAAUGAUAAUACAUGUAUUUGUAUUUGUUUUUGACAUUGCCAAGGUGCUAUGGGAAAUUGAAAUAACAGUUAGAAAAAUAAAGCUGAUUUAAAAGAGAAAAAAA